AUAAUUAUUUAAAUUACCUAAAUGAUGAUUCGUUAUCUUAUCCAAGAAAACGUAGUCGCAAUUCUAAUGCCUUGAAUUUAAAUAUGCAAAUAGAAUCUUCAACAACUAUUGAUAUUGGAAUUCAAGUAGAAUUAGAUAGUACAAAUAGUGAUUAUUUAAUGCAAAUUAAAAUUUUAAAAGAUUCUCUUAAUACGCUUGCAGCUAAUUAUUCCAAACAAGCACAAAUUAUCGAAGUUAAAAAUAAAAAAAUUUUCGAAUUAGAAUGUGAAUGUAAAUAUCUUAAAAAAGCAAUUGCAGAUUUUAAUAUCGAAUUAGAAAAUUUAAAUUUAUAUAAAAAUCAAGUAAAGAUAUUAAUAGAUGAAAAAAAUAAAUUAGAAA